AAUGUGCAGGACAGGAAGUUGACAGCUACAAAAAUAAAUAAAAAAAUGUGAGUUUUGUUUUGUUAUUUAAUUUAUUUUUCUGUUAUGGAAGGAAAUUCCAGCUUUAUUGGACCGAUUUUACCUCCGGGUUUUCGUAAAGAAGAAAAGGAAGAGAAAGAAUUAGUUGAAAAUGAUUCUGUCGAUGCAGCCGAAGAUCAAGAGGAGGAAGACAAUCAAAUAAUUGGACCCGCUCUUCCUUCAAAUUGGAAAUCUGAGAGUUUUAACAGCGAUGUUUACGGUCCCGCGCUUCCUCCGGGAUUUAAAAAAGAGGAGGAGGAUUCGGAGGAUUCUGAUGAUGGCUACACCAUCGGACCUCUUCCGUGUGAAGCUCAAAACAGCGAGGAUAACUCGGAUGUUAUCAAAGAUUUCGAACGUCGUGCAAAGAACAUGAAAAUUCAUCUUGAACAGAAAGAUCAGAAUGUUACUACAUCUCACAGAGAAGAAUGGAUGACGGUGCUACCUGAUAACUUUGGAGUGAAAAUUGGAUUGGGACCCAGAACAUUUAGUCAAAGAGUCCUUUCUGAAAAGGAAAAAGAUCGGUCUUGUUGGACAGAUACGCCUUCUGAUGUAGAAAGAAAAACUAAAGAAAGGAAACCAAAAGAACCAACUACAGAUUUAAAAGAAAUUACUGAACACAUUAAGAAUGAAAAGAUAGCCAAAGAACUGGAAGAUUUCAAUAAAUCUAAACGGCCUGAAUCUCUAUUAGAAAUCCAUAGGAAAAAUAGGAAAAGAAAAGCUGAAAUGGAAAAAUCGAAACCAGAAGAACGACGACCAUUUGAUCGAGAUGUUGAUUUAACAAUUAAUCGCAUAGAUCCUUCUCAAAGGAAAAAACUUAUCGAUAAUGCAAAAUAUUUAGAUUCUCGCUUUUCUCACGGAUCAUCACAUUAUCUUUGAAUGUCACAAAUUGUUUUUCAUUGUAAAAUAUUUAAUAAGUCCUUUAUUUUCCAUUAUAUGUAAGAUAUUUUAAUAAAUUAUAAUUGGUAAUUUUUAUCUAAUCGAAAUUUUUAUUUGAAAUUC